AUGGAGUUCACGGCAUCGCCCAAGCCUCAGCUCUCCUCUCGAGCCAAUGCCUUCUCCAUCGCUGCGCUCAUGUCCAGCGGCGGCCCCAAGGAGAAGGAGGCGUCGGAGAACACCAUCAAACCCCUGGAACAAUUUGUGGAGAAAUCAUCCUGUGCCCAGCCCCUGGGUGAGCUGACAAGCCUGGAUGCUCACGCGGAGUUUGGCGGCGGCGGCGGCAGCCCUUCCUCAUCCGCUCUGUGCACAGAGCCACUGAUCCCCACCACCCCCAUCAUACCCAGCGAAGAGAUGGCUAAAAUCGCCUGCAGCCUGGAAACGAAGGAGCUCUGGGAUAAAUUCCACGAACUGGGCACGGAGAUGAUUAUCACCAAGUCUGGCAGGAGGAUGUUCCCUACCAUCCGCGUGUCAUUUUCUGGAGUGGAUCCUGAGGCCAAGUACAUAGUGCUGAUGGACAUUGUCCCGGUGGACAACAAGAGAUACCGCUACGCCUACCACCGGUCAUCCUGGCUGGUGGCUGGCAAGGCUGAUCCCCCGCUGCCAGCCAGGCUCUAUGUGCAUCCAGACUCCCCCUUUACUGGCGAGCAGCUCCUCAAACAGAUGGUGUCUUUUGAAAAGGUGAAGCUCACCAACAACGAACUAGACCAGCACGGCCAUAUCAUUCUGAAUUCAAUGCAUAAGUACCAGCCGCGGGUACACAUCAUAAAGAAGAAAGACCACACGGCCUCCUUGCUCAACCUGAAGUCGGAAGAAUUCAGGACAUUCAUCUUUCCAGAGACAGUCUUCACAGCAGUCACAGCCUACCAGAACCAGCUGAUAACCAAGCUGAAAAUAGACAGCAAUCCGUUUGCCAAAGGAUUCCGGGACUCUUCCAGGCUCACCGACAUUGAGAGGGAGAGUGUGGAGAGCCUGAUCCAGAAGCACUCCUAUGCUCGCUCACCCAUCCGCACCUACGGAGAGGAGGAUGUCCUGGGGGAGGAGAGUCAGACGACUCCGAAUCGAGGAUCAGCCUUUACAACAUCUGACAAUUUGUCUCUCAGUUCCUGGGUUUCAUCAUCUUCCAGUUUUCCCGCAUUUCAGCAUCCACAGCCCCUGACUGCUCUUGGCACCAGCACAGCAUCCAUAGCGACACCAAUUCCUCACCCUAUACAAGGUUCUCUGCCACCAUAUAGCCGCCUGGGAAUGCCUCUGACCCCAUCCGCAAUUGCCAGCUCCAUGCAGGGAAGUGGUCCCACGUUCCCGUCCUUCCACAUGCCUAGAUACCAUCACUACUUCCAGCAGGGGCCCUACGCUGCCAUCCAAGGACUUCGCCAUUCCUCCGCUGUGAUGACGCCAUUUGUAUGA